UUGGCUUGGGUGUUCAGAUCCGCCACCGCACCGUCUCCCCCAUCCGCAUCGACAGCGACCGUCCUGGCAUCGGCCAGCUGCUGGUGCCAUGGCCAAGAAGCCGCUGCCCAGUAGCAGCGAUGGGUGUCGUCACGCCGUGCUGCGGACGUAUGCACUCACGACGCGUCUGGCUCAAGGCCUCACCAACCAACAUGCCACAUCUUUGCUUGUAGAUAAGCGCUCCAAUCGCCAUAUUUACAAGAUGACAGCUGUUAAACAAGAGGAGGCAGACACAGCCAGUGAUAUUAGUGGUGGCCAAAUUACCCAUGACGAACCACUGUGUCAGAAGCACAACAAGCCAUUCGAGUAUAUUCAUCGCCCUCGCAAAGCAAGUCAAUCCGAAAGUUCAAAGGCAAGAAAAUCCAUCUAAAGCCUGGAAAGUACAUUCUCUGUGGUAAGAGCUACAUUACUCUUCUCAUUAAAACAACUCUCACAUCAACUGCUAAAUGGUAUAACUUUGUAUAAUUUAACAUAGAUAAGUCUGACAUCCACCACUUAGAUGAGUUUAGUCGCCACAUUGUGUGGGGCAACACAGUUAUGCUCUACAACCAUAAUGUUCAUAGACUGCGAAAGAUCAUCCCAACACCACCACGCCUGAUCGCUACUAUGUGUGCCAC